AUGUGGCCGGAGGAGCUCAACGGCAACCUCACAGUGUUCGAUCUCACCGAGCUCGACACGUUGGCCAUUGAUCUUGACCUGGCUGUCCUUGCGGCCGAAGUAGUCCAACGUGCCGUCAGGGUUCAUGCGGCCCAGGUCGCCAGUUCGGUAACAACGUCCAGGAUUGCGGACAACUCCUUGAAGAAACUUUGGAUCUUCAAGGAAGACCUUUUCGGUUUUGGCCUUAUCGCCCAAGUAGCCACGGGCGACAGGGGGUCCCUCGAUGACUAUCUCGCCGACUGUGCCGAAGGGGGCUAG